CGCCAUAUUCGCUCCCGCCGGCGGCCCCGCGGCGCGCAGCCACCAUGUGCACCGCCGCCUUCCACAUCUCCAGCCUCCUGGAGAAGAUGACGUCCAGCGACAAGGACUUCAGGUUCAUGGCCACCAGUGACCUGAUGUCAGAGCUGCAGAAGGACUCCAUCCAGCUGGAUGAGGACAGCGAGCGCAAGGUGGUAAGAAUGCUGCUUAGGCUCCUGGAGGACAAGAACGGGGAGGUGCAGAACCUGGCAGUCAAGUGCCUGGGUCCUCUUGUGGGCAAAGUGAAGGAGUACCAGGUGGAGACCAUCGUGGACGCCCUCUGUGCCAACAUGCGGUCAGACAAGGAGCAGCUCCGGGACAUCGCCGGCAUCGGCCUCAAGACCGUCCUGUCGGAGCUUCCCACUGCGGCCACAGGCUCCAGCCUGGCCACCAAUGUGUGCCGGAAGAUCACAGGCCAGCUCACCAGUGCCAUUGCCCAGCAGGAGGACGUGGCCGUGCAGCUGGAGGCCCUGGACAUACUCUCUGACAUGCUGAGCAGGCUGGGCGCCCCACUGGGCGCCUUCCACGCCAGCCUCCUGCACUGUCUGCUGCCGCAGCUGAGCAGCCCGCGCCUGGCGGUGCGCAAGCGGGCAGUCGGUGCGCUCGGCCACCUGGCGGCCACCUGCAGCACCGACCUCUUCGUCGAGCUCGCCGACCACCUGCUGGACCAGCUGCCCGGCCCGCGUGCACCCGCCAACCCCGCUGCUAUCCGCACCUUGAUCCAGUGUCUGGGCAGCGUCGGCCGCCAGGCCGGCCACCGGCUCGGGGCCCACCUGGCCCGCCUGGUGCCCCUGGUGGAGGAGUUCUGCAACCUGGAUGACGAUGAGCUUCGAGAGUCCUGCCUCCAGGCCUUCGAGGCCUUCCUGAGGAAGUGCCCCAAGGAGAUGGGUCCUCACGUGCCCAACGUGACCAGCCUCUGCCUCCAGUACAUAAAACACGACCCCAACUAUAACUAUGACAGUGACGGGGACGAGGAGCAGAUGGAGACAGAGGACAGUGAAUUCAGUGAGCAAGAGAGCGAGGAUGAGUACAGCGACGACGAUGACAUGAGCUGGAAGGUGCGCCGCGCGGCGGCCAAGUGCCUGGCGGCCCUGAUCAGCUCGCGCCCAGACCUGCUGCCGGACUUCCACUGCACCCUGGCGCCGGCGCUCAUCUGCCGCUUCAAGGAACGUGAGGAGAAUGUCAAGGCCGACGUCUUCGGGGCUUACAUCGUGCUGCUGCGGCAGACGCGGCCCCCGAGGGGAUGGCUGUUGGCCGCGGAGGAGCCCACCCAGACCCACAGCAACCUCCACAUGUUGCAAGGACAGGUGCCCCUUGUGAUCAAGGCCCUGCAGCGGCAGCUAAAAGAUCGGAGUGUCAGGGCCCGCCAGGGCUGCUUCAGCCUCCUCACGGAGCUGGCAGGUGUCCUCCCGGGCAGCCUGGCGGAGCACAUGCCGGUGCUGGGAGCAGGCAUCGUCUUCUCACUGGCUGACCGCUCUAGCUCCUCUACCAUCCGGAUGGACGCCCUGGCCUUCCUGCAGGGGCUGCUGGGCACAGAGCCGGCUGAGGCCUUCCACCCACACCUGCCCACUCUCCUGCCACCUGUGAUGGCCUGUGUGGCUGACCCUUUCUACAAGAUCGCGGCCGAGGCCCUGCUGGUGCUACAGGAGCUGGUGAGGGCCCUGUGGCCACUGGACCGGCCUCGGACAUUGGAUCCUGAGCCCUAUGUUGGAGAGAUGUCUGCAGCCACCCUAGCACGGCUUCGUGCCACUGACCUGGACCAGGAGGUGAAGGAACGGGCCAUCUCCUGCAUGGGUCACCUCGUGGGCCACCUGGGUGACCGGCUUGGGGAUGACCUGGAGCCGUCGCUCGUGCUCCUCCUGGACCGCCUGCGGAAUGAGAUCACCCGACUUUCUGCUGUCAAGGCGCUGACACUGGUGGCCAUGUCCCCACUGCAGAUUGACCUGCGACCCAUCCUGGCAGAGGCACUGCCCAUCCUGGCCUCGUUCCUGCGCAAGAACCAACGGGCGCUGCGGCUGGCCACGCUGGCCGCCCUGGACGCCCUGGCCCGGAGCCAGGGACUCAGCCUCCCGCCCCCCGCCGUGCGGGCCGUCCUGGCUGAGCUGCCCGCCCUGGUCAGCGAGAGCGACAUGCAUGUGGCCCAGUUGGCUGUGGACUUCCUUGCCACCAUGGCCCAUGCCCAGCCGGCUGCUUUGGCCGAGGUCAGUGGCCCCGUGCUCUCAGAGCUGCUGCGGUUGCUGCGGUCGCCCCUGCUGCCGGCCGGGGUGCUGGCCGCCGCCGAAGGCUUCCUGCAGGCGCUGGUGGGGCCCCGCCCGCCGUGCGUGGACUACGCCAAGCUCAUCGGCCUGCUCACCGCGCCCGUUUACGACCAGGCGGCGGACGGCGGGCCCGGCCUGCACAAGCAGGUGUUCCACUCGCUGGCUCGGUGCGUGGCGGCCCUCACAGCCGCCUGUCCCCAGGAGGCGGCGGGCACAGCCAACCGCCUGGUCUGCGAUGCCAGGUCACCCAACUCGAGCACGGGGGUCAAGAUCCUGGCGUUCCUGUCGCUGGCCGAGGUGGGCCAGGUGGCCGGCCCGGGCUCCCAGCGGGAGCUGAAGGCGGUGCUCCUGGAAGCCUUGGGGUCACCCAGUGAGGACGUGAGGGCGGCUGCCUCCUAUGCGCUGGGCCGUGUGGGCGCCGGGAACCUGCCUGACUUCCUGCCCUUCCUGCUGGGGCAGAUGGAGGCCGAGCCCCGGCGGCAGUACCUGCUGCUGCAUUCGCUCAGGGAGGCCCUGGGGGCCGCCCAGCCCGACAGCCUGAAACCCUACACUGAGGACAUCUGGGCCCUGCUGUUCCAGCGCUGCGAGGGCGCCGAGGAGGGCACCCGGGGGGUGGUGGCCGAGUGCAUCGGGAAGCUGGUCCUUGUGAACCCUCCGUUCCUUCUGCCCCGGUUCCGGAAGCAACUUGCUGCAGGCCGGCCGCACACCCGGAGCACGGUCAUCACAGCGGUCAAGCUCCUCGUCUCGGACCAGCCCCACCCCAUCGACCCCCUCCUGAAGAGCUUCGUCGGAGAGUUCAUGGAGAGCCUGCAGGACCCAGACCUGAACGUGCGCCGGGCCACCCUGGCUUUCUUCAACUCCGCCGUGCACAACAAGCCAUCGCUGGUCCGCGACCUGCUGGACGACAUCCUGCCCUUCCUCUACCAGGAGACGAAGAUCCGCCGGGACCUCAUCCGAGAGGUGGAGAUGGGGCCCUUUAAGCACACAGUGGACGAUGGGCUGGACGUGCGGAAGGCGGCCUUCGAGUGUAUGUACUCGCUGCUGGAGAGCUGCCUGGGCCAGCUGGACAUCUGCGAGUUCCUGAACCACGUGGAGGAUGGCCUGAAGGACCACUACGACAUCCGGAUGCUGACCUUCAUCAUGCUCGCGAGACUGGCUACCCUGUGUCCUAUGCCUGUCCUGCAGAGGGUGGACCGCCUCAUUGAGCCCCUCAGGGCCACCUGUACCGCCAAGGUCAAAGCUGGUUCUGUGAAGCAGGAGUUUGAGAAGCAAGAUGAACUGAAGCGCUCAGCGAUGAGGGCAGUGGCCGCCCUGCUGACCAUCCCGGAAGUGGGGAAGAGCCCCAUCAUGGCCGACUUCUUGUCCCAAAUCCACUCCAACCCUGAGCUGGCCGCCCUCUUUGAAAGCAUCCAGAAGGAUUCUGCCUUGGCCCCCAGCACAGACUCAAUGGAGCUCAGCUAGUGCUCCCCUCCCCCGCCCACUCCCUGGGGACCCCUGCUCACAAGGAGACCCACAGAGCCUCCCCCUCCCCCACCGCAGGCCUCUACUUCUGCCCUGUAUUCAUCUCAUGGGGACCUGGCCGGGGCUUACAGUGCCUUCUCCAAGGACCCCAGCACACAGCCCCCCAGUCAGAGCCACAAGGCUGCCAACCUUUGGGCUCCUUAACUCAGGACAGUCAUUCAAAGAGACAGGGGCGGGAGUUCCGAGCCUCCAAUGGAUGUGACUUCACACUGUGCAGCCUGGCUCCUUCAAACUGGGGAGUCCCUGCCUCACAAAGUACUUAGGACUUAAGACACCCUUGUGCUCACAGCUGUGGAAGGUCAGGAGGUGGCGGGCUGGCCUUCCCCCACCAGCGUCCCAGAUUUGUCACUCACAACACUCAUUUCUUCAACUUGAUUUGAUCUGCCAAAUCAGUGCUUUGGCUGGGCAUCUUAGAAACUCAGAUACUUCUGAGUUAUUCACAUUUUAGAAUUGGCAGUAAUAUUUUAGAAUUUAGUGGUAUUUUAGAAUUUAGAAUUGGCAGUAAUAAAUCAGAAAUGUGUAGUAUUUUUGCAGAGGGAGUUGGGUGGGGUAGGGAAUUAGACCUAAGUUUUUUCUAAUUCCAGAACCCUUAGGUAGCAAACUGGGAAAAAGUACAGACCACCUUUUUCAUGUUCCCCAACCUAGGCGUAACCAGGUGGUUUGUGAACAUGUCCUAGUUUUGAGAACCAAGGACACAGAAACUUGCAACAGGCCAAAGAAUUUUCUGUGCUAUCCCAGGUAAAUAAACAAGA